AGACUCAUAGACACCAGGCUGAACAUAUUAACCUAAUUCAGAUUUAGACAAAAUGGAAAUUAUUUCAUCAAAACGAUUCAUUUUAUUGACUUUAGCAACUUCAAGCUUCUUAACAUCAAACAUCUUUUGUACAGAUGAAUUAAUGAUGCCUCAUUUUCACAGCAAAGAAGGUUAUGGAAAAUAUUCUCAGCUGAGAGGAAUCCCAAAAGGGGAAAAGGAAAGAAGUGUCAGUUUUCAAGAACUAAAAGACUCGGGGGCAAAGAAUGUUAUUAAGAUAAGUCCAGCCCCUGCCAACAAAGUACCUCACUCAGCAGCCAACCUGCCCCUGAGAUUCGGGAGGGCCAUCGAAGAGAGAAGCCCUGCAGCACGGGCCAGCAUGGAGGCAGGGACCAUGCGCCAUUUCCCCAGUCUGCCCCAAAGGUUUGGGAGAACAACAGCCAGAAGCAUCCCCAAGAUACCAGCUGGUUUGCCACAGAAAUCCCUGCACUCACUGGUCUCCAGUGAGUUGCUCUAUGCUAUGACCUGCCAGCAUGAAGAAAUUCAGAGCCCUGGUCAGAAGCAACUGAGGAGACGAGCAUUCACGGAAACAGAUGAUGCAGAAAGGAAACCUCCAGUCCGACCUCAAGAGGCUACGAAGCUGUGACCUGUAGUCUGAGCAGCUCUGUGGUGCUGACAAGGAGGAGCAUCAGUGAGAGCCAUUAGUCCUGUCAGGAUAGGUUAUGUUGAUGGUUGUUAAACAGAAUCAAGGAUGUUUGCAAUGUAAAUGGGAAGUAACUUUUGUCAGAAUAAAACAGUCUUGUAA